GUGAGUAACGCCGGAGCCUAACAGACCAACCCCGGUCCGGAGCCGAAGAAGCCGGAGCGACAAGACGACGGGCACCGCAGCUUACCUCGCCGCGUAGGGUUUCCAGAUGACGACGGCGGCGCGCCCCACCUGGGCGCCGGCCAAGGGCGGCAACGAGCAGGGGGGCACCCGCAUUUUCGGCCCCUCCCAGAAGUACUCCUCCCGCGACCUCGCCGCGCACACCUCCCUCAAGCCCAGAAAAGACGGACAACAGACCCAAGAGGAGUUACAGAAGAGGAACCUCAGGGAGGAACUUGAGGAACGUGAGCGCAAGCACUACUCUUCCAAGGAUAAGUCAUAUGCUGAAGAAAGAGACCGACGGAAAAGUUCAAGCCAGCUACUCUUAGAAGGGUCAAAGAGAGAGGCGGAGGAUAAGAUAGUUCCACGAGAAAUUGAUGCAGAUGAUUCCGAUGUGGAGCCUAAAAGUGAUGACGAAAGUGAUGACGAUGACGAUGAUGAUGACACUGAAGCUCUAAUGGCAGAGCUUGAGAGGAUUAAGAAAGAAAGAGCUGAGGAGAAGCUUAGAAAGGAGCGGCAACAAGCAGAAGAGGAGGCCAAGAUGAAGGAGGCUGAGCUGAUGCGGGGAAACCCUUUGAUCAAUAUCAACAAUCCUAGCUCCUUCAGUGUUAAGAGAAGGUGGGACGAUGAUGUGGUAUUCAAGAACCAGGCACGUGGAGAGACCAAGACACCGAAACGGUUCAUCAACGACACGAUCAGAAGCGAUUUCCACCGCAAAUUUUUGCAGAGGUACAUGAAGUGAGCUAGUGCGGGCGUGCCGUGUACAAUUUAAACUUCUCUGCUGUUUGUAUUGUGAUGUUUGUGUAUGAUGAGUGAAAGAUCACUAUUGGGCUGCUGCUGUAUGAAACUCUGAAGCAAGAGUUUAAGCAUUUGCCAUUGUCAAACGGGCAGCCCCUGAA